GGGGGAGGGUCCCCCCGGUCCCCCCCCCUCCCCCAACCGGCGAGGAGGGCAGCGGGGUCCCCCCGAGUGUGGGGGGGGCGAUAACGCGGGAGGAGCCAUUCCGGUGCGGGGCUGGUGGCGGCGCCAUGGAGGUGACGCCGGCCGACGCCGAGCAGCAGGCGCAGGAGUACGUGGCCCGGCUGCGGGGCCCCGCCGCCCCCCCGGCCGCCCCCCCUGCCCCCCCCGCCGCGCCGCCGAAGCCCCGAGCGGCACCGCCGCGGCCCCCCCCGGCGCUGCGGCGGGCUGGGGGGGGCGGUGGGAGCGGCGGGGGGGGGCUGCUGGGGCUGCCGCUGGAGCUGCUGCUGCAGAUCUGCUCGUACCUGGAGGCGCGGGUGGUGCUGGCGGUGCUGCCCCGCGUGUGCCGGGCGCUGCGCGACCUGGCCCGCGACGCCGUCACCUGGCGCCUGCGCCUGCAGCGCCGCCUGCGCGCCGCCUACCCCGUCCUCCAAGAGGAGGGCUUCGCCUGGCCGGCGGCCUGCGUGGACCUGGAGGAGCAUCUGCAGCGCUGGGCGGGCGACGGCGACGCCAUGGAGCACUUCUCCCUGGACGAGGGGCACUUCGCCUCCGUCGACUCUGUCCUGCUGCUGCAGGGGGGGACUCUCUGCGUCUCGGGCUCCCGCGACCGCAACGUCAACCUGUGGGACCUGCGGCAGCUGGGCCGGGCGCCCGACAAGGUGCUGGUGAAGGCGCUGGGCAGCGAGCGCAACGGCACGCACAAGGGCUGGGUGUGGGCGCUGGCGUCGCGGGAGAGCAGGGUGUGCUCGGGCUCCUGGGACAGCACCGUGAAGCUGUGGGACCUGGCGGCCGAGGGGCAGCAGUUCGGGGAGAUCAGGGAGAAGGCGGCCGUGCUCUGCCUCUCCUACCGGCCCGACGUCCUCGUCACCGGCACCUACGACAAGACGGUGACGGUCUACGACCCGCGAGCCGCCCAGGCGCUGGUGAGGAGCCACAAGCCGCACGCCAGCGCCGUGCUGUCGCUUGCCGCCGACGACCGCCUCAUCGUCUCGGGCAGCGAGGACCGCACCCUCGUCGUCUUCGACCGCCGCGCCGACGCCAUCCUCCAGCGGCUGCAGCUGGAAAACUACCUGCUGUGCAUGUCGUACCGGGGGACGCAGCUGUGGGCGGGCGACAACCAGGGCCGCGUCUACGUCUUCGAGAACGGGGCCGGCGGCUUCCAGCCCGUGCGGUACUUCGACGUGGGGCACCGCUCGCAGAUCACGGGGCUCUGGUACUCCCUGGGCUCCCUCUACACCACGUCCACCGACCGGACGCUGCGGAUCCACAUUCCCACGGACCCUCCCCGCACCAUCUGCUCCCGGACGCACAACGACGUGCUCAACGGGAUCAGCGUGGAGGGCGACACGGUGGCCGCCGCCUCCGGGGGCCUCUCGGUGGAGGUGUGGCGGCUCCGGCGCUGACCGGCCGCCGCGGCCUGCGCGCGCACUGCCACGGAGGGGCCGCGGCCGCCCUGCCCGGGCUACCCGGACCCCGCGACUGCCCGGGGGGUGCAGCCCCGCUCUGCCGGACCUGGGGAGCCCCCUCCGCCCCCUGCCCGCUCCCCCGGGGUUGGAGGAGACGGGCCGGGCCCAGCCGGCCCUCGGGUGAUUCGGAGCCGCUGGUUUUAUUCGUCGGGUAUUAAAAGGAUUUGGCUGAACUGGA